AUGUCCUGGUUCACGUUGUAUGGAUGCGUCGACACGUGGGUCACCGACGGCGGUUCACAUUUCAAAAACGAAGUCAUCGAAAAGAUUCGAAAAAUGGUCGGUGCGCACCACCACAUUACGACGGCUUACAGCCCCUGGACUAAUGGCACAAUUGAAGUCGUCAACCACCUCGUGUUACGUGCGGUCAAGGCGUUGUUGAACGAAAUGAAACUGCGUGUCGACGAUUGGCCGCUGGUACUUCCUCUGGUGCAAGGGGCGCUAAACCACCAACCAGCUGAUCGACUCGGUGGAGUUGCUCCAGUUACGGCGUUCACGGGACUCCCUGCGAAGACGCCGAUGUCUGGAUUCGUACAUCCGAAGACCAAGGGAGUCUUUGUUGUCGACUGGCUUGACGAAGACCGGCGUCAGCAUAUGGCUGAGUUGAAGACGGCGUUGGAAGAUUUGCAUCGUGAUGUGGCUGAACGUGCCGAGAAACUCCGUCUACAAGCACGCCAAAGACGAAACAAGAAAGCGCAGGUCAAGCUUGCCAACUUUACCAUCGGCGAUUUUGUGUUGGUUGGUUCUAUUGUCCAGAAUCCCCCAAAGUUAGCCAUCAAGUGGCGCGGUCCAUUUCAAGUCCUUCGGGUUGUUACGGAUUUUGUUAUGGAAGUUCAAGAGCUAAUUCCUCCCUUUGCUGUAUCUACGCACCAUGCCUGUCGCCUCAAGAUGUAUCACGAAGGAGGAAGGGAAGUCACCGAAGAUCUGGUCGACCAAAUUUCGUUUGGCGAUGGUGGUUUCCAUGUUGAACGGCUCGAAAAGGUGCGAAAGGUCGCAGACGGCAGCUUCCAAGUCUUGGUCAAGUGGUUGGGCCUUGAGGAAGACGAAUCGUCGUGGGAGCCGGCUAAAAACCUACUGGAAGACAUCCCGGUAGUGUUUCGCAAGUGGUGCGAGUCCAAGAAGCAAGAUCGUACUGUGGGUGCUAUGAUGAAGAGCGUGGGCCUUGCGUAG